AUGGCGGAUCAUAACCGAAACUCUUUAUCAGGGGUUUCAGAGGAAAAAACUGUGAAAUCGCCUAAUGUGUUUGAACGGGUCAAAGAAGAAAUACAAGCAUUGGGUCAUCGUCAUGAUGAAAAGUCGAAGAGUCACCAUCAUCACCAUCACAAAGAGACUCAUGGAAUGAGUGACGACAUUGACGAGAACACAGAUGUUGAUGAUGUGAAAGGGCCUAAUUUCUUUGAAAGAGUCAAAGAAGAGUUUGAAGCCAUCGUUGAUGCUGUUACUCCAAGGCAUUCUUCAAAGAAGUGA